AUGUAUGCUUCUCCACUCUCUAUCAUGGCUCUCAUCUCUCUCUAUUUACCCUCCAUGGUAACGGGAGAAAACUCUUCUGUGGUAUCGCAGCUACUGUGUUCUCCACUCUCUAUCAUGGCUCUCGUGCUGCUCUAUUAUUACGACGUGUUCAAAUGGUAUGACACUGAAGCAAGAGUAUGGAGGCAGAUGAAGGGUUUGAAAGGACUGCCUAAGUUUGCCAGUUAUGGUUGUGUUAAACUGGCGGAUUAUGGUGGAAAGAUGGCGGUUUUGUGGGAUAAGUAUUUGCCUUCUAGUGGAUAUAAGAAGAAGACGAUUUGGUGUGCUGUGAUUUCACUUGAAAGGCCCAACAGUGAAGAGAUUUGGGGGAAGGUUGAGUGGCUUGAUGCUGUGCUCACGGUCCCUGAAUCUUAUGAAUUCGUGUGUGCUCUUGCUGCUACUGUUUGA